GUGGCACGUAAUCGUAUCACAAGGUAUCACACAUGAUGUGUAUUUCCGAUUGGUGCAGCUCGUCGCCUUGUAAAGGUCGAUGCCAAAUUCAGCGGCUCUUGAUGUAUAAAAGCAGCCUUCAGUAGAUACAGCAGUCCAUCGCCAACUCUACGAGAUUUGAGUUGCGUUUACUUUCACACUUACACCGCACCUUUGUCUUUAGUUUCUGUCAAUCUAUCCAGUAUGCCUAUCGCGAGACACGGCGCAUGGCUCCAUCAGCAUCCCGACACCAUCAGUGCUUUUAUUAAAUUGAAGAAGGCUCAGUGUCUCCCGGUGUACUCUGGUAGUCAGCCCCGCCAGCUUGUUCCAGUUAUCCAAGAGUUCGAGCACUUGGUCACCACUGACUCUGAAGUUACGGCGGCUUUCACCACAAUGAUGAAGGAAGGCGUUAACAGUGAUAUACCCGACCUUAAAACGCUCUUGGAAUUGCUCAACGAAACAAUCGCAGAAGCACCUCAGUGCAUUCCGGAAGACGACCCUAUCGGCAUCCCUAUGUACGCAAUCUUGAAGCAAUUUGUGGAGAAGCCUACGUCCUACAUCGUCUUCACCAAUCCCAAGGUCAAUGCGCAGAUUCAGAAGAUCUUCAAAGUCUGGACGAGGUUCCUCGUCUCCCCUUCAUCGCGCGACACCCUCACUACCAACGACGAUGGGUGGUUUGGCCCGCACGGAACGAAGCUUAUGCCCAAUUUCGUGCGGGACUUCGCGUGUAGACCAAAUCAACCUCAUUUUGGUUUCACGUCUUGGGACGACUUUUUCGUUCGGAAACUCAACCCCGGUGCACGCCCCAUUGCGUCGCCAGAUGACAAUCUUAUCAUCAAUUGCGCUUGCGAUUCUGCCUGCUAUCGCACCGCAUCAAAUGUGGAGGCGCACCAGUCUUUCUGGCUCAAAGGACAGACAUACUCCCUGUACCACAUCCUCGACGAUCACGAUCUUACGUCUCAGUUCGUCGGUGGGACUGUAAUGCAAGCCACUCUUAGUCCCACCGAUUAUCACCGCUGGCACACCCCCAUCAAUGGCAGAAUUAUAGAUACCAAACUCGUGAAGGGCACGUUCUACGCCCCUAGCCCGACCGAGGCAGGCACCUUCCCGGAGAAGAAGCCUAAUGGGCCGCAGGCGGAGUUUGAGGACAUUAUCAGCCGUUCUCAAGGCUUCAUGACUGCGUUCUCCACCCGUGCCUUGAUUUUCAUCGAAUGUGUUGAUCCCAGGGUCGGCCUCAUGUGUUUCGUUGGUAUAGGACUGGGAGAGGUGUCGACUUGUGAGAUCACAGUUGACAAGAAUGAGAUGGUUAAGAAGGGGGACGAGAUUGGGAUGUUCCAUUUUGGUGGCUCAACUCAUUGCCUCAUCUUCCGUCCUGGCGUUGACAUCCACUUCGUCAAUGGACUUGGCCAACCUCUCGCGAAGGACGACAAGCUCGUCAUUAACGCGAAACUUGCAGAAGUCGUCUCCAACGAGCUUGAACCCAUGCCAGUCGAUUCCGUGUAGGUACAGCAAUUGUUGAAUUGUACGAUAUCGGUCAGAUGUUUGGAUUGGUGCAGUUGAAUCGCGGAGUGCAUAAUACCUCGAAAAUCCAGAUCUACCUACUCCUUUGAGUUGUACUUGUAUACAUGUAUUACGGGUUACCUACCAAGAAUCGUGAUGUUCAGAUGUUCGAAUAUAUUUCAGUCGCUUCAU